AAUAUUUCCGUAGAUGUCACUACAGAUAUUAUUGAUAGCUCUUUUAAAAAUAAUUUAUUUGAUAAUAUUGAUGAAUUUUUAGGAACAAGUUUCAAACGUAGAAAAUAUUACCAAAAAAAUUUUCCAUACGUUAACCCAGUUCAAAUUCCGCUUCCCACACCAAAUGGAAAAAAACGUUUUUAUCACUAUGUUCCCCUGAAAGAAACACUGAAAAAAUUAUUUUAUAACAAAACUCUCACACAUGAAUUAAACUUUAAUCUACCGAAAAACAAUAGUAAUGUAUUUAGAGAUUUCACUGACGGAAGUGUAUUUAAAGAGAAUAAAUUUUUUCAAGACAAUCCAGGUGCGCUGCAAUUAAUUUUAUAUCAAGAUGCUUUUGAAACAGUCAACCCAUUAGGUUCAGCUAAAUCUAAGUAUAAAAUUUUAGCUGUUUAUUUAAGCAUAGGCAAUUUUCCAGAUAGAAUCAGAUCUCAUGUUAAUUCAAUGUAUCUGGUAGCAUUAAGUAAAGAGAAAAGUUUUGAUCACCAUGCAAUUUUUGGUAAAAUCGUUGAAGAUCUUAAAGAAAUUGAAACUGUGGGUGUUGAAUUUGCGCCGGGUCAAUUUAUCAAAGGUUCCUUAGUAUUUAUAACUGGUGAUAAUUUAGGGAGUCAUGGCUUAGGGGGAUUCACUGAAAACUUCAGCACAUCGCAAUAUUUUUGUCGGUACUGUUUGAUCACCAAAAAUUCAUUCGAAUCAGAUGAUGGUAUAUUCGAAAUUUAUCCUGAGAGAACGAUUGAUUCAUAUAAAAAAGUUAUAAAUAAAUUAGAUAAGAAAAGAAGACCUCGUAUCAGAAUCAAGAAGGUGAUAAAAAAAAAACCAUUAAUAAUUCAAGGUAUUAAAUUUGAUUCUGCUUUCAAUAAGUUAGGAUUUUAUCAUGUCUGUCUUCCUGGCUUACCUCCUUGCUUAGGACACGAUGUUUUCGAAGGUGUACUUGCGUAUGACGGUAAAUUGUUUCUCGAUUAUCUGGUUGAACAGGAUUGGUUUUCAUACAAACAAUUAAAUAAAAGAAUAGAAAUUUUUAAAUACUCUCCUGAAGAUCAACGUGACAAAUUAUGCUCUGUAUCGCCAAAGUCUCAGAAGUUGUCAGGCGCUGCUUGUCAAUUAUGGACGUUUAUUCGAUUACUGCCGCUACUAAUACAUGAUAAAAUUGAUGAUGAUGAGAAUCCUGUUUGGAAAUGUAUUUUAUUGCUAUCCGAAAUAAUUGAAAUAAUAUGUGCUCCUGCGAUACACGAGACUUGCAUCGUUUAUGUACAUUUACUUAUUUGCGAGUACAUAGACUUACGUCGAACAUUAUUUCCACUUAAAUUACUCCGUCGAAAACAUCACUAUUUUAAACAUUAUGGAGAACUUAUUCGCAAAUUUGGACCGUUAAUGAAGUCAUGGACUCUACGUAGUGAGAGUAAACAUUGUUUUAUGAAACGUGCAGUACGAUUUUCAAGAAAUUUUAUAAAUAUUACGAAAUCACUGAGUAUCAAACAUGAGCUAUAUCAAUGUUUUGUUCGUUCGGGUGGAGAGAUUAAGUCUGAUAUUGAAUUGAAAAACACCGUAAAAUUAAACGUGGGAAAAUACAAUGAAGCUAUUAGACAAGCUUUAGCGAAGUUUGAACUAUGUAAAGAAACUGUAGAUGAGUGUCAUGAAAUCGUUAAAAACGGUAUAACAUACCGUAACGGCGAUGGAUUAUUUAUUUCACGAUCUGGAUAUCAAUAUAAAAUAAUUGUCGGCAAAAUUUGCAUAAUAUUGUAUGAUUUUGUUGAAGUGUAUUUUGUAGUGGAGGUGUUAGAAACUGAAUUUAUCCCUUACUUAGGCUUGUAUAAAUUAGGAAAAGCAACAGGUUACCAAUGCUUGAAAAUUAAUCAACUGAUAAGUUUAGAAAAUUUACAUAUCUAUAAUACGAAGUCUUUUUCAUGUGUUAAGCCAAAAUAUGGAUUAGUUGAACAGAGUUUACAUGAAUACUAAAGAUUUUUAAGUCUCA